AUGGACUCUCCGAGCCAGUCCGGGGCAGAGAUACCCACUAUCUUCGAUCCUACUACUUGCACGCGGAAAGGCCUUUGUCCGGUGACCCUCAUCCGAAAGCAGGGCGAACCGUUCGAAAGUCAUUCACUUUACUUCGAGCAACAUGGAUCUGGCCCGGAGAAGAUUGCAUUCAUCAUGGGGUUAAACUCCUCCUCGUUCUCGUGGUACGCGCAGGUCCAGCACUUUGGACGCAAGCCCGAAUAUUCGAUUUUGGUAUUCGACAAUAGAGGUGUAGGCAAUAGCGGAACGCCUAGAGGUCCAUAUACCACUAGUGGUAUGGCAGAAGAUGUCAUCGUGCUGCUCGACUACGUAGGCUGGACAGACAAACGCGAUCUUCACGUAGUUGGGGCAUCUCUUGGAGGAAUGAUAGCUCAAGAGCUGGUCACUAGAAUACCUGACCGCGUGGUUUCUUUGACUCUUGCUGUGACAAGAGCCAGUGGUAGGUCGUUAUCAUCAUUACCGACACCCAAAGGCGUGAUAACGCUCGCAAGAUUAUUGGCUAUCAAGGACCCUGAGGUCAAAAUCCCGAUGAUAUUGGAUAUGCUGUAUCCUCGAGAAUACCUUGACGCACCUGCUCCAAACGACCCUGAGGGUCGGACAAACGAAGAGAUCCAGACAGCGGGAUAUCGCAGGCGCAUUGCCGCAACACGACCACAGAAGCUCAUGGGAGCGCUUUCACAGAUGGUCGCGCCAAUGACCCACCAUGUGUCACCGGAACGACUGCGCAACAUUUCUGCAACAAUCCCCAAGGUUCUGAUAUUGACUGGAGAUCAAGACAAUUUGGUCAACCCAGCUCACAGCCUGUACCUGAAGGAGCAUAUGCCUGAAGCAGAGCUUGUCGUAUGGGAAGGAACUGGUCAUGGUAUCUUAGGGCAACAUACAGACCGACUGAACGAGUUGUUCGAGAGAGUAUUUCGCGAAGGUAGAGAGAGGCUCGCUGAGCAACAGCAAGAUGCCACAGAGAACGCCUGA